ACUAAGCUCCAGUGUACGGUGCUGGUGUGUGUUUAAAGAGGGCGCCUUCGGGCCACAGAAGUCCUACUUGCUGACGUUUUUGUGAAUGUCAUGUGAUUAGCCGCGGUCGGUAUACAGGGUUCAAUGAGAGCUGUUUGCCCCACCCAUCUCUUCAACGCUAUCUAGCUCAAUGUACGAUUCAAUGAGAAAAGGGAAAAAUCGCCAAAAACACUCUCGGCAAGCGGAUCAGCUCGCGUCCUUCCGAGAAGUGACACGAUCCGUCCGCCAAAAGCUCGCUGUCAUUGCGGUAUUUGUCUUUUUAAACGGGUUCUCUUCAUGGCUGUACGUGCACAUGUAUAACCCUGUCUAUCUGCAAGGAGAAUUCAAAACGGGUAACACAAAGCUUAAGCUGACAGCGGACUGAGAUGCAGUGAAAAAUCUCGCGUUGCUCGGAGCCGCUGCGUUGCCGCGUGCGCCGUCAUCGGAGCCACUCGGAACGUUCACGUAAAGCUGACGGAUGUGAGGACGAAUUCAAAUGACAUCAGCUAACGGAGAAGACAAAAAGCCUCUUGAUCUGAAUAGCCACAAAACCCGUCUGUUAUCAUUGUAUGCCAGCAGGAAAAGAAACGUUUAACUUUGGGAUUUAAUUAAAAACAACAACAACAACAAACAACAACAACAACAACAGAAAACAACAGCACUCAAAAAAAAAAAAAACUUGUGAUGUGACAUUAUUUCAUAGCGGAGUUUAAAGAGGUUCAUGUCGGCCACGGGCUCCAGGCGGAAUGAACCACAGGCCGUCAGUUUGUGGGAGACAUUUAUCUCUUCAGAUUUUUUAUUAAAACGCUAAUAAAUCGCUUUUCCACGUCUUAAUGUGUCGAUGAACGGAUGUAACAGGAACGAAUAUUAAAACCCCGUUUCGUGGUGACUGAUGGUUUUGCGCCGAGCGCCGGCCGCGACUGUCAUUUUGGGGAAGCGACUAUGGUUUGACGACGAGAAACGUGUUAAAUCACACUCGGAUUUCUGGAACAGCAAGACAAAGAUGUUGAUGUAACGUCGUGAACCACAAGGCGAAGUGUAAAACUCCCGCUCGGAUAUUACUGCACCAAAACGCUCGGAGGACUCGGCCUUGUGUGUAGGCCGGCCUUGGUGUUUUCACCACCAUCACAAGCCCUCCGUCUCUUUCCAUAAAGCUCCUACUGAGCACUCACUUAAAGGCACUGCUUAAAAAUUUCCCCCUUCAUCCCUUUAAACGAUUGCCCCAUUCAUCCCGUGUGCUGUUCUUCCUCGGAAUUUGCACAUAGAAAUGUCAGAAUUCCCAAUCAUUGGAAUUUGAACACGUUCCAACCAAGGAUUUAUUUAUUUAUUAUUAUUAUUAUUAUUAUUAUUAUUUUUUUUUUUUUACAUAUUUCUUUACAUUCAUUCCCCAUCCACAAACAUUUUCCUUUUUUAUUGGGACUUUGGGAAGAUGGGGUGUUUGGGCAACAGUAAAACAGAAGACCAACGUAAUGAGGAGAAGGCCCAGAGAGAAGCAAACAAAAAGAUAGAGAAACAGUUACAGAAAGACAAACAGAUAUACAGAGCGACCCAUCGGCUACUACUGUUGGGAGCUGGAGAAUCGGGCAAAAGCACUAUAGUAAAACAGAUGCGCAUUUUACAUGUCAAUGGCUUCAAUGCUGAAGAGAAAAAACAGAAAAUUCAGGAUAUUAAGAAUAACAUAAAAGAAGCUAUAGAGACUAUUGUGACUGCAAUGAACAGUUUGGUACCUCCAGUUCAGUUAGCCUGUCCAGCAAACCAGUUUCGAAUCGAGUACAUCCUCAAUUUAACCAAUCAAAAAGACUUUGAAUUCACUUCGGAAUUUUAUGAACACACUAAGACCCUGUGGCAGGACGAGGGAGUAAGAGCCUGCUUUGAGAGAUCCAAUGAGUAUCAGCUGAUUGACUGUGCUCAGUACUUCCUAGAUAAGAUUGACACUAUAAAGCAAAGUGACUAUACACCUACUGAUCAGGACUUGUUGAGAUGCAGAGUGCUGACCUCAGGGAUCUUUGAGACAAGGUUCCAAGUGGACAAAGUUAAUUUUCACAUGUUUGACGUUGGUGGUCAAAGAGAUGAACGAAGGAAAUGGAUCCAGUGUUUUAAUGAUGUGACUGCCAUUAUAUUUGUGGUAGCAAGCAGCAGCUAUAAUAUGGUCAUCCGAGAAGACAAUCAAACCAACCGUCUCCAAGAAGCAUUAAACCUGUUCAAGAACAUAUGGAACAAUAGGUGGCUUCGAACAAUUUCUGUUAUUCUUUUCCUAAACAAGCAAGACCUACUAGCUGAGAAAGUUCUGGCGGGAAAAUCGAAAAUAGAGGAGUAUUUCCCAGAGUUUUCACGCUACACUACACCAGAUGAUGCUACACCUGAAUUGGGGGAGGACCCACGAGUUACAAGAGCAAAAUAUUUCAUCCGAGAUGAGUUCCUGAGGAUCAGUACAGCAAGUGGGGAUGGUCGCCACUACUGCUAUCCACACUUUACUUGUGCUGUGGACACAGAAAACAUCCGCCGGGUAUUCAAUGACUGCCGUGACAUCAUCCAGCGCAUGCAUCUCCGGCAAUACGAGCUGUUGUGAUUGCCAAAUCAUCACUGGAACCCAGUCUAGAACUUUCUACAGGCUUCCUGUCCUACUCAUGCCCCAAAAAUUCAACCAUGAAACUUACUAUUUAUGAGUUUCCAGGACACACAGCAACAUAUAAGAGACACACAGACACAGGCUUUCUCCAUCAUGAGAUAGCUGUGGGGCAAAGCGAAUACUGUAUCAUUCAUGAACAAGGGUGACUGUGCAAUCAAGAGAAGACAAUAUAGCUAAUGACCACCAAUGUCAAAGGAGAGUGGGUGAAUACAUACACAUAUGCUUGGAAAGACAGGAAAUAAUAAAAGUUUGAUUAGGACUACCGAAUAUCUGCACACUUUUUGAGGCUCUGCUCAAGAUGAAGAAGAUAUUUGUAUGGCAUUUACACACCUGUACAAUCCGUCUUCACACCCUCUGUCCUGUGUAUGUUAAACGAUAGCCAUGUGUCUAAUUAUGUACUAACCACACACAUGCACACCACUAUUGUGAAACUCCGCUCUUUGCCUGAGUGAGCCUGUUGUCUCUCCACUUCUCCCAACCAAAAUGGACUAUUCCAUGGAAAAAUCAAAAUGAUGGCUUAAUGCAAAGACAUGGUGAAAGAAUGCAAACCUUUAUGGUUAGUUUGAAUGCAUAAAAAGGGGUUAGAAUUAUGGAGUAUUUUCAGCUCCGGGUUGCUGUGCUUGCAGAGCACAAGACCAAUCACAUGAUUCUUUCUCCAAAUGCAACAAGGAGAAUGUACAGUGAGAACAUACAAUGCAUAGAUUAAUGCUGAAUUACAAUUACAGUGCAAAAAUAAAAUAAAAUAUAAUAAUUAAACGUGCGUGCACACAGAUAUACAUCUGUGUAUUCCUGUAACAGCACGUGAGCUCUUCUGUUUCAUGAGUGUUAUGCACGGUGUGUGCAAAUAAUGCCUUUAUUCACAGUUUUAAACCUUCUCUCCCAUUCACUCCAUCAGUCUGUCUCUCUGCAUCCUCUCCCUUUCACACUUCCUGUACCCUACUGCAGUCAUCUUGUACACUGACAUGUUGGGACUGAGAGUAGAAAAUUUCAUGAGAUUUAAAAGAGGUGCAAAAUUCAAGGAACUUGACUCCUGUUUUUAUCUCUCUCUCUUUCCCCCUUCAUCUUGGCUUUUUGAAUUUAUUUGUAUUUCUUUGCUGGUUGUUAUUCUUGUACAGACUGUAAAAUGUAAUAUUUUGUACAACUUUAUUGAAGAAAAAAGUAAUUGUAGAAGCUCCCUGUGCCUUGAUCAUGAUUGUACUGGUAAAAUGAGCUAAGAUAUAAGUAAGGUAAUGUUACAUUGCGCUGUUCAGCUCCACCCUACCUCCUUCAUUUCCAUGCGACCCAAAAAAAUCUUCAGUCUCUUCACACUCUUGCAUAAUAUUGACCAUUUUUUGUACUGAUCUAAAACCAAAUUUCUUUUUUAAUUAAAAAAAAAAAAAUUAAUAGAAGAAAAAUGGCAAAACUGGUCUUAUGUCAAGGGAAGAAGACUCCAUGUAGUGCCAUUCGUCGGAGUGUGGGGAGCUGCUGUGUAUAACGGUCGACGUUUUCUUUUAAUGCAUUUCCAUUCGUCUUUGUUUCUUUUAUGUGUUUUUCCCUGACCAUAAUGUAUAUUUUAUCCUUAAAAAAACUGAUCCUAUGUAGUACAGAAAAUGAGAAACAUAAUUAAUAUGCAGUACAUAUAUACACACACAAUUGAUAUAUAAAGUGUCCACAACCUAUGAAUGAACUCCUACCUCAAUGUGAAAUCACACCAUAUUAAAAUUAAGUGAGAAAAAAACAGAAAAUGUUUAGAGAAGUGUGGACACCCCUACAGUAAUGCUUUAAUAGUAUAGUAAUACUUUAUAGUGACAGUCUACUGUAUAAGCAUGACACAUCUUGAUCCUUCUAAAUCCAUCAAAUUGUAAGUGCAAAGACUACCCUACAGAUUUUUAUUUCAUGUCUGGGCUGUGGUUAGGUCGUUCAAAAACAUUGAUAUUUAAUUGGUUAAGCACAUAUUUUGUAUAUUUGGAUGUAGGAUUUGGGUGAUUGUCAUGCUAAAGUGUAAAAUUCAUUUUCCUGUUUAGCUAACCGACUUUAUGAAUGAUGUGUUUAACAAUUACUUUUGAACAAGAUUGAAUACUUUUGGCUCAUCCUGAUCACAGCCACAUCCACAAUUAUAAAGGCUUGCACACUUCUGGAACCAGGAUAUUGUCCCUGUCCAGAUAAUUUUCCCUGUAGUUCCUAUAUGUGUUUCUGAUUCUUUCUCACUUAAUUAAGUUACAUUGUAAUUACAUAUUGAGGGUAAGCUCUGACAUGAUUUAUGUGGGAUUCAUUUUUUUUUUUUUUUUUACAUCACAGACAAAUCCAAUUUGAAAAGAGUGUGUAAAUGUUUUUUUUUGUGUGUGUGUGUGUGUGUGUUAAAAGAUAUUUAUUACAUUUGGACAUUGACAAAGUUAUUCUUUAGUUGUCUAUUAAAGUAGCUAGAGCUGCAAUAAAGUGCUGUAAAGAAUAUGAACUCAUAGGACAGACUUUCAGCGAAAUAUCUUCAGUAUUUACUCCCAAAUAGGGUAAACUGUACACACUUCAUUUAUUUAUUUUUAUUAUUUACUUUUAAGGGACCAAUGGUAAUCGGACAAUUGGCUCAGCUCUUCAAUGGUCAGGCGCAAGUUAUUCCCUCAUUAUUUUAGAAGUAAAAUACAGUCAAAUGGCACACUUGAAAAACUCAUUUCAAGUUUGCCAUUUGACCAAAUCAAUCAUUUGGUACUGUCUAAAAAAGCAAGAGCACAUUCAGUAGAUCAGGUACACCAAAAGAAAAAUUAUUUCCCUGGUGAAGAAAAAAUACUUUACUUUAAACUCUUGGCCAGAUUAAAUACACCUUCCAAGAGGUAUGGAUAUCGUUGUCAUAGUCAACAAUCCAAAAAAAGAAUUACACAGAAUUUACAGUAAGAUGUAAACUAUAUGUAAACCCCAAAUUAGAAAGAACUGAUUAGCUUGCCAAUAACGUUGUUUAAGUCCAUACAAUUAUGGACAACAUUCUAUGAACAGUCGAGACAAAUAAUGAUCUAGUAGUAGAAUGUUGGGAAGAGUAUGAAGAAGGGAAUCAGCUACCCAUAUUCUAAAGCAUACCACCUCAUUUAAUGACAUGAGCAUGUAUUUCUUUCAGUGGACCUGGUUUCCUUGUAUUCAUUGAUGCAAUUGCUGGCAAAACCAGCAGGAUUCAUUCUGAAGUGUACAUAACUAUAUUAUUUGCACGGAUUCAUUCAAAUACAUCACAUCACACAUACUGGAUGGCUUUUUCACUGCAUAUGGGCAAUAACCCAAAGUGUACUUCAGAAUAAAGUAGAAUGUUGGUCAUAUAAAUUGGUCAAAUAAGCAUUAAGCAAAACUAAUUGGAAACUAAGGAAAAUGGCAGGGAAGAAAAAUUGUCUAGUGAUGUCCAAAGGUUCUAGGCUUCAUCCAAUCAUUAAAUUUAAUGUGUCUGCUACCCAAUAUUAGUUUUUCCAAUUACUUUUGGUCCUUUAUUAAAGAAGGGUGGGAAUUGUACAGCACUUAUAAAAAGAUGUAUAUACCCUAAAAUUAGAACUGAAAGUGUUUCAUUAUUUCAUUUCAGCUAUAUACCGUAUGUAUAUGUUAGUAGACAGCUAAAACAAUACAAUUGUCAGUGUCCUAAUAUUUCUGAACCUAACCUGAUGAGUUGAUACAUACGCUAUAUGGCCAAAUGUAAGUAGACACCUUACCAUCACACCUAUAUUGAUGUUACGAUGCCACACUUACACACAGCAGGAAGCUUGAAAAACCUACAUGCUUCUAAGAAGGCUUUUUACAAGAUGUUGGAGAGUGUCUGUGGGAAUGUGUGCUAAUUCAUUCAAUAGACCAAUUGAUAAGUUUAGGCACUGAUGUUGGAUAAGAAGCCUGGCUCAAAAUCAAUGUUCUAAUCCAACAAGAGGGUUGAAGUCAGGUCUGUGUUUAAGGCAGAUGGCAUUUCACCAUGCCAACUCCUCAAACCAUGCCUUUAUGGAACUUGCUUUGUGCACAGGAGCAUAGUUAACUGGAACAAGAGUGGGAAAGGGCCUUCCCCAAACAUCUGGUAGUAUACAAUUCUUAAAAAUGUGUUUGUAUGUUGUAGCAUUAAUAUUGUCCUGCACUGGAACCAAAAGGCAUAGCCUUUUAUAAAAAAAAUAAUAAUAAUUAAUAAAUAAAUAAAUAAAUAAAUAAAUAAAUAAAUAAAUAAAACAUUAUUCCCACCUCCACCAAACUUCCCUAUUGGCACUAUGCAUUCUGUUAAGUAGUGUUCUAACAUUCUUCAAACCCAGAAUGAUCCAUCAGACUGGCAGACAGUGACCCAUAAUAAAUCACACCACAGAACUUUCCAUUUCCAUAUGGAUUUUUUUCCAGCAGGUCUUUACACUGCUUCAGCCAAUGCUUGGCAUUGCAGAUAGUGCUUUUAGGCUUGUGUGCUGCUGUUUAGCUGUAAAAACCCAUUUUUAAAUGCUUCAGACAACAAUGUUUUUGUGCUGAUUUGGCUUCAAGAGGAAGCUAGGUAAUAUAUAGUGAUUGAAUAUAUUUAGUGAGCAAUUUUCUUUCUUUUUUUGCACUAUGCACUUCAGCAGUUGGCAGCACUACACUGUGUAUUUGUGUGGUUUUUGUACUGCUUUAUGGAUGAGGUGCUGUAGCUCCUAGAUGCUUCUAUUUCACAAUAUUAACACACAUGACAGUGACAGAUCUAGCAGUAUUUUGUGGUAAAGCUGGUAUCCUACAACUGUUUCAAGUUUAAAGUCACUGAGCUCUUCAGUACAACAUAUUUUGCAUAGAUGGCAGAGACUGCAUUGCUAUGUGCUUUAUUUUAUGCACAAGUUAGUAAUGGAUGUGGCUGAACAAUUUAAAUGCAAUAAUCAAGUGUCCACAUACAUUUGGCCAUAUACUGUAGUGUGUCAUGAGGUCGGAAAUUGGGCUUAACUGUUUUAUAGCUUUAACUCCAAGGAGAUUCCAAAAAAAUCCAAAUGCAAAAUCUCUCAUUUUUCUGACAAACCAAAUCCCUUUGAUAAUAAAGAGUGAAAGUACCAAAACGGAGAAAAAGUAAGUGCCAUUUAAUUGUUAAACUUGUUCAGAAAAUUCAGAUCUGGUUAAAAGACUUUGCAUCUGCCAAGAGCUGCUUUUGUAAACAUAACUAUGACUUAACCCAAAUUCCUGUCCUGCUAGCCAUCACACAGGAGCAGGGGCCAGCAUUGGUCCACCUUUGUCACCAGCAUUAUAUUUAUUCUUUCUAUUUAUUUGUCAUUUUAUACUUUGUUUUAUUUUUGCAAAGCAAAAUUUUUGAGUAAAAAACCCUUCUAAGUAAUACUGACCAGUCUGAGAUGGUCAUAUCUUCUGCAAGAUGUUUAAGUAUGACAUUAAUUUCCCUUUUGCUGUUGUUUCCUAUUUCAAACAGCAAUAAGUGAGUGAGAUUCAAAUUGCCCUCCUUUUUGACUCUUUCAAUGAUACAUGGUUUUAGUGUACAUGUUGCUUUUCCUUCCAUGUCUCACAAUUUGCUGUACAUUUUGUACAAAGUUUCAAAUUAAAGCCAAAACUGUC